AGAACCCUCCACCCUUGUGAAAUUACUGCCUACGGACCUGUCAGUGGUGGAAAUAAGUCAGCGUAACAAAAUGGUUCCACUAGGCCUACUACUUCUCUGUGCAAGUCUGCUGGUCGAGGUACCCUCACUAUCCCAAGGAGCCUGUUCCAUCAAUCCUUACUGCUCCGACUGUACCAAUUAUGCUGAGGAAGGACAGACAAAAUGGAGAUUCUACUGCAACCCUUACAAUAGUUCUUAUAUAGAUUCUUCACAUUUUACGGCUACCAGCGAUACGGUUGAUUUCUUUCAAGUCAAAUAUUUUUCAUCGAGUUCUACACUUGCCAUCAACAGUGGCGCUUUCCGAAAUGUCCCCAAUAUUGUGCGUGCAGACAUUAGGAACACAAGAAGCACCAAUCCUUCUAUAAAUCAAUUUGCUUUCUUCUACGGUGUACAGAACAACCUGCGAACUUUGUUGUUUCGGAGGUCCUACCUUACUGCCGUCCCCUUAGCCUUGACAUAUCUAACGGCUCUACAGGAGCUGGACCUUGGAUACAACAGAAUUACUGGUGACCCAUCAAACUACCUUAGUUACCUGACAUCACUCCGGUCGUUGCGGCUUGACUAUAACCGUUUACUGAGUAGAAUCCCAGCGUCCUUGCAGCACCUUAAUAAUCUAAGAAAAUUGUCUCUCGCAAGCUGCGACCUCGAUCAGAGUUCAGGGAUAUCAUUUGGCAAUCUGCCCACAUCUUUAGAGUGGCUGGACGUUUAUAAUAAUCAACUGUAUGAAGUGCCUUCUGGUAUUGGCUUGCUUCAAAAUUUGACCUAUCUAAACAUGGGAUACUGUGGUUUGAACUCUCUGUCGGUCAACGUCUUCGCCAAUCUAAGCAAGCUGGAGGCCCUAGAACUUAGUGACAACCCCAGUAUUACUUCAUAUCUUGAUGUUCUUGUCAAUCAAAAGUCGUUGAAGGUUCUUAAACUAUCCAACAUGGGUUCUUCAUUAACAGAUAUACCUAAUGCAAUAUCAGGAAUGGAAAAGCUGGAAGAACUUUUCUUAAGCAGUAAUAGAAUACGAGGAAUAAAUCACGGUCAAUUUGCGAAACUGAUACAGUUAAGAAAACUCAACCUUUACCACAAUAAAAUAACUUCUCUCGACCCGCUGUCGUUCCAAAAUUGUGACCAUUUGGAGGAACUGUACCUAGGUUAUAAUCUUAUACAUGAAGUGAGCCCGGCCCUUUUUGUUCCACAGUCCCUAAAGAAUCUUAACCUGUACGGUAAUAAAUUUGACACGUUUGACAAGUGUACCGUUGCAAACUUACUGGCACAUCUUCAGAAAACCGACACAUCCAUUUCAAGCGAUCUUUUCAUUUGCGAUUGUCGUUUGGCCUGGGUUCGAAAACUCUCGGCGGCUUUUGGCUCCAGGGUACGUUUAAGUGGAUCGUGUUAUCUUCCAAGGGAGCUAUACGGUCAGUCAGUGACUUCAUUUACUCUGAGUGAUUGCAGUUUGGAAGACGAAAGUUUUGAAAGCUGCAACAAUAUCUCAACAACUCCACCCAAUACAACGACGGAACACCCGCCCGACUUUUUGAACAGCUCAUUCGUCAUUUCAGCCCAACUAUCCAGUCUCAAAAAAGACCUUCAAAGCAUUCAAGCUAUCACAAAUGCUGCAGUAUCUGUCGCUGUUAUUGCCCUCCUGGCACUCGUCGCUACUAUCGCCGUGUUGCUGACAUGCUUCUUUAGGCAACGAAAUCGUGUGCCCUCAAAUGGGUGGAGCCAGGGUCAUGUCAAUCAAGGUCUCCAGCUAUCGGAAGGUGUGCAGAGCGAAAGGUCACCUGAAGGUAGAAGUUCUGAAGAUACUGUGUACCAGAACACGACCGAGACGGCCAGCAGAGGCCCGAGUGCCGACUACGAACCUUUUGAGCAACACAGGCGGGGUUGGAAACAACAAGGAGGCCGUUACACCUCCCCCGUAGUUGAUUAGUAAUGUGUACAAUAAUCCAACUUGUCACUGUUUCAUAUCCGUAUUUAAAUGUGUACAAUGUGAUUUUUUUAUAUGUACGAGUCACCGAAAAGUGACCGCUACUUCACUUUUUGUUUUCUUUGCUUUAUUAUAUUUUGUUUUAAUGAGAUCAUGUAACACUGUGUACAUAAGGAUUUAUUAGAUGCGUAAGAACAUUUAAGAACAACUUCCCUUAUAUUAACUGUAUAUCAAUAUUAUGAGAUCAUGGAUGCGGCAAUGCUCACGAGUAUUUUAAUGCAGACCCUGCACUUGCCCACUGCAUGUGCAUUAAUGCUGUGUAGCACACACUCCUGAUAAAGUACAUAUAAUAUUCAAUAGAACGACAUAGCUUUCCUUGUAAUAUCCCAUUUUAUAUUUACUGGAGAAAAUUUGAUUUGUGACGGAAACAUCAAAGACUUAAACUGCGUCUUUUUUCUGCUGAAAUCUGUUACACAGCGUAUGUAAAUCUAAUUUUAAAAAUAUAUUAUUCAAGGAAUAACCUUCACCUCCGUACCUUGUAAUAAUGUAUAAUAGUUGUAAGUACAGACAUCAGUAAACUCAGAUAUGUCCAUGUUAUUGGAAGUAUUGUCAUUGUGACCUAGUAAAACACGAUUGCAUCUUUUAUAAAUACAAAAUAAUCCACAUAUAUAAGCAAGGAUGUACUUGCCAGCACUUCACCAGAGGUGAAAUAAGGGACGAGGAUGAGAGCCGACAAUUUAACAUUCUGCUAGUGCCUUUCACAAUUUUACUUUGAAAUUGCAUUGGUUUUUUGGGAAUUGGACACAAACCUUGGUAAAAGUAUUUUGUUGUUUUUUGUACACGAAAAAUACCUCAUUGUGAAUAUAAACGGGAAAUGUGGUUAUAGUUUGGGACUUAGAACCAAAUGUUUUAAAUGCAGUGGAAAGACCAAUUAUGAUUACUUCGACGUACUAUAAGUCUUUUCUGGUUAAUUUCGAUGUGUAAUCCAAACAUUACUUUGUGUUCAUGUGUACCUUUCGGACAUAAAUAGACGUGAAAAGGUG